UUUGUUCGGCGAGAGCUGAAAAAGAACACUUGAAAAAUAAUGAAGCGGAGAAGUAGACGAUUCUCUGUGGCAUUUCGUCGAAUAGUUUAUGUACAAUAUAAAGAACCACCCUCUGCUCUCCAUUGCUAUCCCAUUAAACCUCGGAAUACGCCUCCCAAUCUCUUCAUCGGCAAUGGCCGCCGGUACGGAAACGUUUUCUUGGAUGAGAAUUACAAUCUUGUCCCUGAGUAUCCUUCUUGGAAUCGUCUCUUGCAUCAUUUCAAUUCCUCCGGCCUGGUUGAUCAGGAAAAGGUGAAAGAAUUUGUUGCUGAGCAAGUUCAAGAAUCGGAAGAGGGAAUUUCUACGGACUGCAUUGUUAGUGGUGCCUUUAUGAAAAUUGUUGGAAAAGAGCAAGAGUUUUGUUAUGGUUAAGGAUUGGGAACAAAGCCAACAAGUAGGAGAUCCACACAUAGAAUUUACAAGCAAUUAUAAGCACAAAAGGGAGCUAGGAAAAGAAUGUCAUUACGAGAGAGUAUAGGACCCGAUGGAAGUACAAAAUUAUCUUGUGGAGAAAUGGAAAACUCGAGAAGUCAUGAAAGCUCGUCUUGAACGGGCAAAAAUCUUAAGAGAGUAUCAUGGCACUAUUUUCCCAUAUUCAGAGUUCAAGGGUUCCCAAGUGGCGCGUUCCUGGAGGCAAAUUGAACGAAGAGCAAAAGAAAGGUUGGGUGCUGGUGCGGAGCGACCAUCCGUUCUCGAAUAGGUGGGGCCUACGCUCUAGAUCCUCCCUGCUUGCAGAAACGUAUGGUCGUCUUUGAAGUUAUCACUCUCUGGUUUUCUCUCUUGUUUCCUUGAUUUCACAAUGUCCCAAACCGAUGAUAAUUUCACAAGUUACUUUGGGGAGGUUCCACCAAUUCUUGACUAUUUUGACUGCCAAACCUACCCAAAAAAUUCUCAGGAAUCGUCUAUACUCAGCAGCCACAGGCAAUUCAAUGAACACUAUCAAUCACAUCAUCACAAUAAUCAAUUGCCAACAGAUCAGUUUGUGAUGAAUCGACCUGAUGUGUCUCCAACCUCGAGGCAUGUGUUUAUUGAUGCAAGUACCAACGGCUUAAAUUACGUGAUUGACUAUUCACGUUGUGUAGUGCCAAGGCUGCAUCAAUCAUCUUAUCAUUCAGGAAGAGAAGUUGUUGAGCAAGAACAUAGACAGAGCAGGAUAGAUUAUCCUCAACCUCAGGUGAUCAGGCCUGCUCCAUAUACGCUAUAUGAUCCAAGAUAUGCUGACAUUGGUCUACCGGUGGAUCCUUAUUUACGUGCAAUGAAGCUGAAUCCACACUUUUCAAUGCAAAAAGCGACAAGUGAGGAAAGUUCAACCACUAAAAGAAAACGGACUGACUAUGCAUGUAACAGAGUGCCGAGGCUGCAUCAAUCAUCUUCUCAUUCUGGAAGAGAAGUUGUUGAGCCAGAACAUAGACAGAGCAGGAUAGAUUAUCCUCAGGCGAUCAGUCCUCCUUUUGAGCCAUACGAUCCAAGGUAUGCUGCCAUGGGUCUACCCAUGGAUCCUUACUUGCGUGCAUUCAAGCUGAACCCCAACUUAGGCCUUGCCAAGCCCAACGAGUGAUGAAAAAGAGUUAUAUCACCAGGGAAUUCAAUGGCUAGUAGCAGAGGUGGAAAAUACUAGUUUACUAUGGAACAUUCUCAGUUGUCUUUUAUUUUUUUUCUCAUCUUUUGUUAUGGAUCUUCCUUUUAUCUUUUACCCCUUUCAAUUCCAUAAACAGAAAAACGUCUGAACGUUUUCCAUGGAAGUUUAGGUUUUGCGGUUUUGUUGUCAAAUUCAAGCUAUCAGUAGACUACAUUUCUUUAUUCAAUUCUUAAGUUUAAUGCAAAACCAUGUUUCUUAUUCAA